AUGGAGACCGACGGCGAGGCCAUCUCCGCCGUGCAGGACGUCGACCAGUACUACGCUGAUGACGAUGACUUCGACGACCUCUACAACGACGUCAACGUCGGCGACGGGUUCUUCAACUCCUCCCACCAGCCGCCGCCUCUUCCCCAGAAUCCGCUUCCGCCGCCGCCGCCGCCGACGCAGCAGAACCAGCCCCACCAGCUUCCUCCUCCUCCUCCUCCUCCUCCUCCACAACCGCAGCAGCAGCCUAUGGCGCCCCCCCACUCCCUCCCGCCGCCGCCACCGCUUGCCCCGCCGCUGCAGCAGAAGGUCCACAUCUCUGGAAUGCCUGCGCCUCCUCCAACCCUCCCGCCGACGCCGGCGACCCUCCCGCCGCCACCUCCGGUGCCAGCGAGACCCGCACCGCCGCCAUCUCGGCACCACCAGAUCCAGCAAGGAGGAGACGGGUUCCACCACCAAGGAGGCAGCUUCGGAAACGGCGGUGCGGCCGGCAGUGGUGAGGGCAUGACGCUGUUCGUGGGAGACCUCCACUGGUGGACGACUGAUGCGGACCUCGAGGCGGAGCUCAGCAAGUACGGAUUGGUCAAGGAAGUGAGGUUCUUUGAUGAAAAGGCGAGCGGGAAAUCUAAGGGGUUCUGCCAUGUUGAUUUCUUUGACCUCGAUGCCGUCUCUGCCUGCAAGAAGGGCAUGAACGGACACCUGUUUCAUGGCCGUCCAUGUGUUGUGGAUUUCUCCUCGCCUAACGCUGCGCGUCGCAUGGGCGAGUGGCAGGGGAAGAACCACCAGUCGUCUAUGGCUGCGCAGACACCGCCAAUGCAACCGAAGGGUGGGAGAGGGCCUGGUGGUGCAGGAGGCCCUCCGGUGGCUGGUAAUCAAAGUGUUGGACGUGUGGGAGGACCUGGUGGUGGUAAUUUGGGGAGACCUGUUGGUGGGAUGAUGAACAGAGGCCCUGUUGGAAAUAUGAGAAAUCGGAUGGGGCCAACAGGUGGCCGAGGGAUCAUGGGAAAUGGAGGCAUGGCUGCACCGCCACCACCAAUGAUGCCUCCAGGAGGAAUGAUGGCUCAGGGUUUUGAUCCUACUUGUUAUGGCCCAAUGGGAAGAAUGGGUGCUGGGUUUGGUGGUUUUCCUGGUGUACCAGGCUCAGGGCCUUUUCCUGGGUUGAUGCAGCCAUUCCCGCCGGUGGUCGCACCACAUGUGAACCCUGCUUUCUUUGGAAGGGGUGGUAUGGGUCCUGGCGGCGCUGGGAUGUGGCCCGAUCCCACCAUGGGGGGUUGGGGUGGUGACGAACAAGCAAGCUAUGGGGAUGAUGCAGCAUCUGAUCAACAGUAUGAGGAAGGGGGAAGCCGUGUGAAAGAGAGGCCACCCGAGAGGGAGUGGUCUGGUGCACCAGAGAGGAGGCGGCCAAGGGAGAACGAUAUGCCAGCGCAGGAUUGGCCAGAGAAGAGGCACCAUGAUGAGCAAGGCAUGGGCCGAGACAGGGAUCGUAACCAUGACAGAGAUAGGGAGAGAGAUCGUGAUAGGGAGAGGGAAAGGGAUAGGCACAAGGAUGACAGAGACCGCUAUAACGAUCAUCACAGGCACAGGGAACGUGAUUCUGAGCGUAAUGAAGACUGGAACAGGGGAAGGUCAUCUGGGAUGCAUAGCAGGUCGAGGGAGGCUGACCAUUCUAAGCGCAGGCGCAAUGACACCUGAGUACUGUAGCAGGAUGAGGUACAUCUAGUGGGGAAGCAACUACAAAUCCAGGACAUUGUUUUUUUGCUUGGGUGCAUGGUUUGGUAACCACUAGCAACUCUUACUGAUUGUAGCUGUGGGGAUUCUAACUGCUUUUAUCUCCGGUGAUCUGUUGUGAUAUAUCUGCAGUCAGAAUCUCUUCGGUUACAUGAUUUUCUCAGGAUGAUAGUUGUCUUCCCCCUCAAUUUAUGCGCUGUGAAACGCGGAGUAGCAUGAAGACAGAAGUUUCUCUUUCUAUGUGUGGAUUGCCUUAUUAGUUGGUACUCCGCAAGUACUUGAGACUGCGCUAUUUAUGCACUAGGAUGAUAGCUUGGCAGCUUAUAUAACCAUGUUUUGUUUCCUUUCUCA